AGGGCCGCAGCCGCUGGGUGGCCGGCAGUUGCCGUGGCGACCGCGGGCCCCUCCCUCCUCGGGUCCCCUGCCCCUCGCCGUUCCGCACCGAGGCGCGGCGGACGACCCUGGCCUCCCCUGCCGCCAGCCCGGCCACAGCUGCAGCCGGUGCGCCGGCGAGAGGCGGUGCCGCUCCCAAGAUGUCGCAGACGGCCAUGUCCGAGACCUACGAUUUUUUGUUUAAAUUCUUGGUUAUUGGCAAUGCAGGAACCGGCAAGUCUUGCUUGCUUCACCAGUUUAUUGAAAAAAAAUUCAAAGAUGACUCAAAUCAUACAAUAGGAGUGGAAUUUGGUUCAAAGAUAAUAAACGUUGGUGGUAAAUAUGUCAAGUUACAGAUAUGGGACACAGCCGGCCAAGAACGAUUCAGGUCUGUGACGAGGAGUUACUACAGAGGUGCAGCGGGGGCCCUCCUUGUCUACGACAUCACCAGCCGAGAAACCUACAAUGCGCUUACUAAUUGGUUAACAGAUGCCAGAAUGCUAGCGAGUCAGAACAUCGUGAUCAUCCUCUGUGGGAACAAGAAGGACCUGGACGCCGAUCGGGAAGUCACUUUCUUGGAAGCCUCCAGAUUUGCUCAAGAGAACGAGCUGAUGUUUUUGGAAACAAGUGCCCUCACAGGGGAGAAUGUAGAAGAGGCCUUUGUACAAUGUGCCAGAAAAAUACUUAACAAAAUUGAAUCAGGUGAGCUGGACCCAGAACGAAUGGGCUCAGGUAUCCAGUACGGAGAUGCGGCCUUGAGGCAGCUUCGGUCCCCACGCCGCGCACAGGCCCCGAGCGCUCAGGAGUGCGGCUGUUGAAGCAGCGUGGGAGCGCCAGGUGUUCAGACAGUGGUAUUUGGGACACAAUUGUUGGAGCUUGAAGAAGAAGUUUUUUACCACCAUCUUUUUCUACUUUAUACAGAAGUAGAUCUUUGUGCGAAAAAAAUCAUUUGGGGUGUUAUGCAAGCUAGUAGAUGUGGUACAGCAAACCGUAUAAUAAAUCCAGGUCACUGGACAAGACCAUUAAGUGUGUACAUGUAUGUAAAAAUGUUCCGUUCUGUAUUCUCCCUUCCACCUUUGGUUUGACUCCUGGCUCUGUACUGUAUAUAUGCUAGUCCAGUACGUCUCCACAGCAUGGUUUCUGAUGUAUGAUAUGAUAAAAAGUUGCAUUGAUGCAAUCUAAUAUUUUAUUUUUUUUAAUCAUAUGAACUAAAAUCUGUUAACUGUGAGGUGUGCUUCGAUCAUCAAGUCGAUUAUAUUGCACAGUUGGUUCUAUUUGUAACCUGAUACUCAGAAACUGGCAAUUGGUGGCCAGUGCAGUGCUUAGCUAAUUCCGUUGACCACAGUCCACAAGGCGUUUACGUGAGCUACACUUGAAAUAUUAGAUCGGUAGUUACUCACAGGCUGAAAUAAAAUGAAGCAUGGAGUUUUCCCAUGAGCCUUACAUGCUCCUGAUUUUAAGGCAUCUUCAUCCAGAUCAGUUCAGUAAGUCCAGCUGGGUACCCGCUCUGUCUUAGGCGCCGUGAUCAGCAGCGAGGACUCGGUACCUUUAACCAAGCUUACGAGGCAGCCGACGCUACUCUCAGUGGCUGGUAAAUGCAGUAGAUAAACCACGCCACUGGGAGCUGCUGGCCUGUUCCCGGCUUGCUGAGCUGUAUGGUCUCCCUGUCAGAAAACACGCUGUUGGCCACUGUGCUUUUUCUGGGAUCCAGUAUUAGAGCAUCACUGCCUCUUUUUCAGUCUUUUAUCGUUUUGUGUUCAUUUUAAGGAAACCCACUAAAUCAAGUUAAUAUCAAAGGGAUGCCACUGAGGAAUUCUGUAUAGCUGUUGCUGAGUACUUAAAUGCCUUACUACAGUUACCAAGUCGACCUGUUUUUAAUUCACAUGAGGUAUAUUGAAGUCUAAUAUAUAUUGUAUUACAAAGACUUGUUCUAAUGUCUUAAAAUGUUAAUGCAAAAAAUAUGUAAUAGCACUUUUCUUUAAAGUUAAAAUACAGUACUAUUUAAAGCUGAAAGGUUAAAGAAAGCAUUCUUCACCUUUUAUAUGUUCUUCCACUGUGACUUCUUAACUGCAUAAAUUCCAUUACCUUUUCAUUAGAAGCUGCCUGUUGCUUUUUAAUUUGUUACUUUAAUCAACAGAGCGCAGCGGCACGUAGACUCCGGGAAGUGACUGGAUAAAAGCAUCAGAAUGUUGUCCUGUUAGGUAUUUUAAUUUUGCUUUUCUUCUGUCUUGAAUAUUGGAUUUGGAGAAGUUAGAAUAUGAAGCAGGUUCUCAGACCGAA